AUGGGAGUUACUAAUCUGUGGCAAAUCCUUGAGCCUGUGAAGCAACCUGUCAACCUGAGCAGUCUCAAAGGAAAAACACUUGCUGUUGACUUAAGUUUGUGGGUUUGUGAAGCACAGAGUGUUAAAAACAUGAUUGGAGUAGUUACCAAGCCACAUCUGAGAAACCUAUUUUUUCGGUUGUCUUGCUUCACGUCAAUGGACAUUAAACUCGUGUUUGUCAUGGAAGGAGAGGCCCCCAGGUUGAAAGCAGAGACCAUGAGUAAGAGGAAUGAGAUGCGCUAUGGACCUUCGAAGAAAGUUGGAGCUGAAAGAACAGGGAGAUCUUCAUUUAAAGCCAUGUUAAAAGAGUGUCUUGAACUGCUGGAGUGUUUAGGUGUUCCUUGGGUUCAAGCAGCUGGGGAAGCAGAGGCAAUGUGUGCCUACUUAAAUGCAAAAGGACAUGUUGAUGGCUGCAUUACCAAUGAUGGAGAUGCUUUCUUAUAUGGAGCUCAAACAGUUUAUAGGAACUUUGCCAUGAAUGCUAAGGAUCCACAUCUCGACUGUUACACUAUGUCCUCUAUUAAGGAGAAACUUGGUUGUGACAGGGAGUCUUUGAUUGGGCUAGCUAUUCUUCUGGGUUGUGAUUACCUUCCAAAGGGGGUCCCAGGAGUUGGGAAGGAAAAAGCUUUAAAGUUAAUUGAGACUCUGCAAGGUCAAAACUUACUGCAAAGGUUUGAGCAAUGGAAAGAACAAUUUCAGUGUGAUAAUAAUCCACUUUUGGUUGUUAAAAGGGUAAUUCACUGUUCUGAGUGCCAUCAUCCAGGAUCUUACAAGGAACAUGAGCACAGUGGAUGUAAGUUCUGUGAAAGCACACGACACUGCAGUCCCAGUGACUCCACACGCUGCUGCCCUUGUGAAUGGCAUCAGUUAGAGCGCAUGAAAGAAGCAAGUGCAGUGGAGGACAAUAUCAGAAAAAAAGCUAAGAGUUGUGAGGGCUUUCCAUUCUCUGAGGUUAUCCAAGAAUUUCUUGUAAACAAGAAUAAAUUGAUCAACAUAAAAGAAUAUCGAAGGCCAAAUUUAUUGUCCUUUCAGAUAUUUGCUUCAGAGAAGAUGGAAUGGACCAAAGAUUAUGCUUGUAAGAAGCUUUUAGCACUAUUGACACGUUAUGAUAUGAUCCAGAGAAAAUCUGGAUACAUUGACUCCAAACAAUUGCAGGCAAUACGGGUUGUCAAGACACGUACUAAAAAUGGAAUUCCUUGUUUUGAAAUUGAGUGGCAAAAACCAGAACAUUAUGUUGAUCCAGAAGAUGAGCCUGUGGAGUCAUUUGUAGUUACAGUAGAAGAGGAGUCUCUGUUUCAGGCUGCUUAUCCUGAAGUUGUUGCCCUUUAUCAAGUGGAAAAAUCACAAGUUCAUCAGAAGAAAAAGAAAAACAGGAAAGACAGACCAAAAGAAAAGGAAUUAUCAAAUGCUUGUGAUGAAGUUAGCAAUCUUCUUUCUCAAAUGGAUUUAAAAUCUACAUGUGAAAUUCUUGCUGUGCAACACUCCAGGUCAUAUAAAAAACCUCCCCCAGAAGAUCAGAUACAGCAGAGAAGUACUGAGUCAAAAGAUGUAGCAUUAGCUGCAGCUUCGUGCAUAACAGCUGUUCAGAUUCCAGCAUCAGCAGCUGCUCUUCCUCUGCCUGCAUCACCUUGCUCACUCUUACAGAGUGCAUUGGCUGACUCGUCUGUGUUGCCCUCACAAUGUACUGAAUAUUCAGGGAUAUCAUCAUCUUCCUCUGUAACAGCUGGCCUACAACUGAGCAGUAUUCAUGGGAAAGGAACCUUCAGUGCUUCAGCAGCCCAUGGAGGUGAUGACCAUGAUCCAGCAGCUGAUUUAACUACAUGCAUAAAACCUUUGCAUCCACUAGAUCAUGAGACAGUAGGAAGUAGCUCAGAAUGUUCUGAUGUCACACAGUCUGAUAAACAUCGUGAUAGUGCAGAUGCUUUGGUUUCAAAUGAUGCUAUAGGGCAACUUCAGGAGUGGUCUAGCAAGCAAAUACUUGAGAAGGGUUCCAUUCCAUCACAGCCUUUGUUGUCUGAAGAUGUAAUGCAACUGGGGUCUUUGAAAUGUUUUAAACAAGCAAAAGAAAUGUUGAAUCCUGAUAAAAAUUAUGUCUCUUCCUCGUGUCAGGUAAAUAAAGUAAUGCAGGAAAGUAAAAAUGUGCUAUCAGAAAACUAUGCAAGUGAAUCCAGUGUACACAUCUAUCAAGAUCAGUACAAAAAAGCUGGCAUCGUGGCUGAAUGGGUACAAAAAGGUCAUAAUAUAAGUGGUUCAAGAUCUCUCACCCUCUGUGGGCAGACAACAGAGACACUGCGUCCUGGGUGUGAAAUUCUUCCAGUGUCUCAAAAGCCAGCAGGUGCAACUGGCUGUCACAUUAAAAAAGCUUGUAUUGAAACUACUAGGAAAACUUCUUCUAAAAAGAGUGUGUGUCAAAACAGAUGUUUUUCUAGUGAAGACAGUGAUGAUGGGAACAUGAAUAAAAACCUGAUUUGUAAGCAGCAGAAAAGGCAACCAAACCCUGGUCAGUUUAAAAAAUGUUUUACAAAGAAAAAGGGUAGUGGAGUUACUAGCAAAAGGACAAACAGUGACUCAGCCCUUAUAAUUGAAAGGAAGGAGAAAACAACCAAUUUAGAGAAAGCUGUUAAUAGCUUCUCAUUGGAGGUAUCUCCAGAACCAUCCUCUGCUGUUGAAGUUAAUUGUUCCCCGAGUCCAGAGCAACCUCUUGAGAGGCUGAGUUCUGAUCCUGUGCAGCAAGGCAGAAGUGCUGCUCUGACUUACACAUGGGCAGACAGUCCCCUGCCCCUGUCCGAAAGACUAAAAGGAAGAAUGAAACUCAAUUAG